UACAAUGAGAUUACUAUUUCAAAUUCAGUUGUCAUUUUACCAAAACCAAAGAGUAUUAUAAAUUAGCUGAUUUUAUGUAUCAUCACACUUGGAGUUGGAUGAACAUUGAAGAUUGAAAGACUACAAUACUGAAGUGACAGAACAGUUCCAGCAAAAUGGAGUCUGCAGGCGAUUGGUGUCUUAUUGAAAGUGAUCCCGGUGUAUUCACACAGUUAAUCAAAACAUUUGGUGUUAAAGGAGUACAAGUGGAAGAAAUGUGGUCAAUGGAUGAAGGAGAGGGAGUAUUUGAUAAUUUAAGGCCUGUUCAUGGACUUAUAUUCCUCUUUAAAUAUUUACAACAUGAGGAGCCACCUCAUCCGGUCGUGACAGACAAUCGUCUUGAGACGAUAUAUUUUGCUAAACAGGUUAUAAACAAUGCAUGCGCAACACAAGCUGUUGUGAGCUUAUUACUGAACUGCAGUCAUCCAGAUGUAGAUUUAGGACCGGAAUUAACGAAAUUAAAGGAAUUUAGUAUGUCCUUUGAUCCAAGAAUGCGUGGUCUUACCCUAAGCAACUCUCAGACCAUACGCACUGCCCACAAUUCAAUGUCAAACCAGACACUUUUUGAGUUUGAUCAGAAGGCACCAACAAAAGAGGAAGAUGCCUAUCAUUUUAUUGGUUACAUUCCUAUAAAUGGUCGUCUAUAUGAGUUGGAUGGUCUUCGGGAAGGGCCAAUCGACCAUGGGCCAAUAUCGCCUGGACAAGACUGGCUCAAUGUCGUACAUCCUAUUAUAAUGAAGCGAAUUAAUGUCUAUACCGAAGGUGAAAUUCAUUUCAAUUUGAUGGCUCUCAUAUCAGAUAGAAAAAUGUUAUAUGAGCGACAAAUACAAGAAUUAAUGCGCGAAACUCAAAUUCUCGGUAUGGAAACAGACGAUACUGAAAAGGAAAUCCGUAGAUUGAGAAUGUUGAUCGAAUAUGAAGAUGCAAAAAUGUUGAGAUAUCAACAGGAAAUGGCCCGUAGGAGACACAAUUACUUGCCGUUUAUCAUAACACUUUUGAAAAUAUUAGCCGAAGAGAAAAAGCUGUUGCCUCUAUACGAGAAGGCUAAGGAGCGCGCUCUCAAGAAGGGCCAGAAGAAAGUAAGAGUAUAACAGGAAGCUUCGGGAGGGCGCAGGGUUGAACGAUCACGUCCCCCGCGCCGGGUCUCCCCGUCCAGCCCCUCGCGAGUGCUGCCUCCCUCUGAACAUAUGCAAUAUUCUUUAGCUGAUUUAGACUCUAUAUUUAUAGAACCACAAGGUUCGCGUAGUCAAAACUUUGAAUUUGAACCACAACAGAUAAUGCAAGAUAACUUCAUGGAAUCCCCCAAUAGUAUAGAUAUGGACAUGUUGCCAUCGGAUGAUUUUCUAAAGGACGUUAUGCUAGAGCCUGGGUUGGAACAUAGUCUGUUAGACGUUGACAACAUAUUCGACGAUAGUUUGAUGAUUGGGACCGACGAUAUGCCUCAAGGCGAUAUAUUAGAUGCAGACGACUUUCUCAUAGAUAACUAUUUGAGUCAACCGGAGCCUGAAAAGAGACAGGACAAUGUAGAGUAGUCAUUGUAUCAUGCUGACACUAGGUCUCACGCGGCAUUUUGCGAUUUUUAAUAGAAUUAAAGCUUUUCUGAUAUAAUUGCAAUGUAGUCAUAGAUUCAUUAAAUAUAAUAUAAUAUAUAAUUUUGUUCUCACGCGUCAUUUUGCGAUAUUUAUUCGAUUAUAAACUUUU